AUACGCCCACGGAAUAAAAGCAACGAUCCGAGACGUUAAUAUGCCCGAAUCGCUGAAACUUCUGGGGCUUCAAGAAAGUUUGAAAGAAGACAUCCAACGUCGUGUCGCUCAUAUUUUCACGGGUGCGUACACUUUUCAAUCGGCAUGGGCCGAGCUAGAAAAAAAAUAUGGAAGCCAGCACCUUAUCAUCCAAGCCCACGAUCAACAUAUGCAGCAGCUCCCGUCAUUCAGGAACGGCGACUUUAACGCACUCUUUAAUUUGGCCGCUGCGGUACGCGACGCCGUGUCAAGCGUAGACGAAAGCCAUGUCAUGAUGUUCAACACCGUCGCCAACUUACUUCAUACCAAAUUGCCGAUCAACUUGCAAACAGACUGGGGAAAAUAUGCUUAUGGUUUAGACAGAAUGGCCACCUUAAAAGAUUUCGACAAAUGGAUCGAUCGCGUGCUCAGCGCAGAAGAACUUCGUGGCGGAAAGCUGUCGUCAUCCAACCCAACGAACGCUGUCAAAAACCCAAUUCAGCCAUCAAAUAGCAACCGACAGUUGGGCAGCUACACACCCGGAAGCAGCAACUACAAUAGCCGCGGACCGACCGUCCUCGCAUCAAACAUUACCACCCUUUCUGACUGCCCAGCCUGCAAAGAAAGUCCGGCCCACAGAUUAGAGAUGUGCAACGUCUUUAAACGAAUGUUGGUGAAUGCCCGCGCAUCACUGUGUGCCACCAACAACCACUGCUUCAAAUGUCUCGUCCGCGGCCACUAUGGACGGAAAUGCGACUCAACCGAGUCGAAAUGCAAGGAAUGCCAGGGCCCUCAUCAUUCGCUACUUCACGGAGCCGAACGACAGUUUCCCGCCUCAUCGCGAAAUCAAGGUUCUCGCGUUUCGUUCGAGUGAUUCCGUCUUUGGCCGGCCCGGACUGUGGUGAACCGUCACCAGGAGGCGCGCAGGCGGGCGAAAAAGGAAGAGAGAGAGCAGAC